ACUUAAGUUCCUUGUUGAUUCAUCUAAAACUCUUUGGUUUAUACAUGCAGCAUAUGUUCGUGAGUUUGUAAUGUUGAACUUAAACGCGAGAUAGAUUAAUAAAACAUGUCUGAAGAGGAGGUAUGUAAAGAAGAACUUAAAGAGAUUGACAUAUGUGACAAUAACGUCUCAGAAGAAGAGAGUGGAGUUUUCCUCAACUCAGAUGCGUCGUAUAUUGACGGCUUUUCGGCUUUCCACAGAUGGGUUUCAAAUAGACGUUUAUCCUCAGAUGGAAAUUAUGAAGACGAUGAGCAGAGAGCGUCCCGGGCAUCAUCUAUUGUGGAUUGUCUGUUAGUGGAGCUUUAUGACACAUACAGCAGUAACGGUUUCAGAGGGGUAGACAGCUCCACCGAAGCUUCCAGUUCAGAUGCUUUCCUCGGGCGAAGUAACACCGGCGCGAACUUCCUGCAAGAACUUCAGGAGAAACACACGAGACGCCAUCAGAUGAAAUAUCUCUCUCAAAAAGGUCCAGAGGAACUAAAGUGGAUUAUUCAGGAGGUGAAAUACCGUAUUGGGGUCCAGUCUGCCAAACUGGUGCGUCAGGUGAAGAGAAAGGACAGACUACAGCAGAAAGUACAGAAGAACUUUGAUAUAGUAACUGCCUGUCUUCAAGCUGUCUCUCAGAAAAGACGGGUCGACACCAGGUUGAAGUUCACUAUCGAACCAUCUCUUGGAAAGAAUGGAUUUCAACAAUGGUAUGAUGCCCUGAAAGCUGUGGCGAGGCUCCCAGCUGGCAUUCCCAAAGAAUGGAGGAAGAGGGUAUGGCUUACAUUAGCCGAUCAGUACCUUCACAGCAUCUCCAUUGACUGGGAGAAAACAAUGAGGUUUGCUUUCAAUGAUCGCAGCAAUCCAGAUGAUGACUCUCUGGGAAUACAAAUAGUAAAGGACUUGCAUCGGACGGGCUGCAGUUCCUACUGUGGCCAGGAGGCCGAACAGGACCGGGUGGUUUUAAAGCGGGUACUGCUGGCAUACGCCCGCUGGAACAAGACUGUCGGCUAUUGCCAGGGCUUUAAUGUUCUGGCUGCCCUCAUCCUGGAGGUCACAGAGGGACAUGAAGGAGAUGCAUUAAAAGUGAUGAUAUAUUUGAUCGAUAAGGUGCUUCCUGAAAGCUACUUUGCCAAUAACCUGCGUGCACUCUCGGUGGACAUGGCCGUGUUCAGGGAUCUGCUACGAAUAAAGCUUCCAGAACUUUCUCAGCAUCUUAACCAUCUCCAGAAAGUAGCCAAUCGGGAAGGAGGAGGCAGCUAUGAGCCACCACUCACUAACGUCUUCACCAUGCAGUGGUUUCUUACCAUGUUCGCCACCUGUCUGCCCCACCACACCGUCCUGAAGAUCUGGGACUCUGUGUUUUUUGAGGGGUCGGAAAUGCUGCUUCAUGUAGCUCUGGCCAUCUGGGCCAAACUCGGAGAGAGGAUUGAGGAGUGUCAGACUGCUGAUGAGUUUUAUAGUACAAUGGGCUGCCUGACACAGGAAAUGCUGGAGCACAACCUGAUUGACUCUAAUGAACUUAUGCAGACUGUCUACUCCAUGGCUCCCUUCCCAUUCCCCCAACUGACUGAACUCAGGGAGAAAUACACAUAUAACAUCACCCCAUUCCCUGCGCCUGUCAGAGCUAUCAGCAGUCAGGCACUCAAUGGAUGGGAAAGUGAUGAUGAUGUCGACAUGGAUGAUGAAGAUCCCAUCAUUACUGCUCUUGGCUGCCUGGGGCCUCUGGGAGGACUUCUGGCACCUGAGAUCCAGAGAUACCAAAAACAUCUUAAAGAUCAGAAAGCAGUGCAGAGCUCUCACGGAAGUAACAUGGCCGAGCUCAGUCCCGGAGCGGUGGGUACGGGACGGGCGGAGCAUCAGGCUGCCAUCAACAGUAUGAUGCUGGAGCGCAUGAGCACCGACAUCAAUGCGCUGAAAAAACAAUACUCGCGUAUCAAACAAAAACAACAGCAGCAAGCUGGUCUACUCUACAUUCAUACAGGACUUCCAGUGGAAGCUGAAACUAUUGAACCACAUCAACCCAUUAAAGCCCAGAAGCACCACACUGAUAAAUGUCCAGCCACCAGUAUCCUUUCCUCGCAACUCGGUCCCUCCCCUGUGGUUAACCAUCUUCUCCUGGGUAGGAAGCCCAGGCCUGGUCAGCAGUCUUCCAAGAAUAGUAUCAUACAUAAUGGAGGACUGCACCCUGUGCCCCAAGCCCACUCUUCCCCAUGCCACAGCCAGACGUCCAGGGCCAGGCUCAAUUCCCCUUGGCGCAGCCACGUGCGCACCCAUCGGAGGAACAUCGCUAGAGCUCGCGCCCAGCUCGGCUUUGAUGAUUCUCUAGAACUAGAUGAUGACGAAACUCCUGUGAGCAAAACAGAAGAGGAAGCAGAGAGAAAAGGGGAGGAAGAAGAGGUAAAAACCAAAGAGGAUGAAAAACAGACUGCAUGUAAAGAGCAGGAGAAGGUAAAGACAUCUGAACAGGUGACCAGCAUGGCUAGAAGCUCAGAUGUUUCUCUGCAAGACCACAGCUCUGGAGAAGAAGAGGAGAAGGUCCAACAAAUAGAGAACAAGCUGUCUUCUCUGGAGCUGAAACCUUUACCAGAACCAACCUCAAAUGAACCAGAGGCACAGACACCACCUCCAAAACCCCAGUCAAAGACGGAGUCCAACAACAAUGAUCUUCACCCACUCCCAUCCACCUGUAAUCAAGCUUCAGACUCUUCUAGCUCAGAAAGUGGAAGAAGCCCCUCAAACUUAGCAGGGGAACCCCCAAAACCACAGCAGAUCUUUUCUCCUUUCCCCUGCAUCAAAACACCUCGCAAGUCUGUUGCUGCAAGAAACCUGGGGCUGUACGGUCCAACUGCCAGAACUCCAAAUGUGCACUUUCCCCAGAUGAGUAGAAGUUUAAACCGUGUAGGAAGCACCACCAAGCGACGCUAAUGGGUUGUCACCUACAGACAAGCACUUAUAAAAUAAAGCUACUGUACUCUUUAUAUCAAUAUUCUACAGCUGUCAUGCAAGCACAUGCAUAACUCCAGUAUGCUUCCAGCACAUUUCCUAAAAGCUGAUCACUGUACGAAUUCACGAAGGUUAUAUUUAUUUUUUGUACGAGACCCUCCCAGAAGAGAAUAAUGUCCAAAAGUUGUGCUUGAAGGGUUUAAUAAAGUCUUAUAAAAGAAUCUUUGCUGCAUCUUCAAGCCACCAGUAUUUACAAGAUGCAAUAUGUUUACUCGUAUGUGCUGUAUCUUUAAGAUAAAAGCCACGCAAUGACAUUAAUGUAACAACUCACAUUUUACUGACUGCUGGUAACUAUUAAACAGUUCAAGAGGUUAAACACUCUUAUCCCACAAUGUCUAAGCUGUGAGAUUCUUGGAUUUAAAAGCAAUUGUCCAUGGCCACUUGAUUUAGUUCCUUUGUGCCCUGUGCCAGAAACAAUUCUUAACUGUUUUCAGUUUAUUGUAAUCUGUUACAACUAUGUACUUUUCUUGUUACUUUUACUUUGUUUUUCCUUCUUUAGUAAACUGUGUUCCCUUUUGUUGCCAUCUGACUUUUUUCUAAAGAAGUGAAUGAAAGUUAUCACUUGUUUUGAAAUGUCUGUUCUGAAUACUCCUGCUACUGAAAGUCCUUCAGCAUAUAAAGUUUUGGGUGGCUUAGAGAUGAGAUUGACAUACAUAAUCCCCACAGUGAAUUAAACACAUGCAAGUAUGGAAAAAGCUUGCAGUAUUUCA